GCUCAGUGGGGCUGUUUGCAAUGCAAUGGGGUCGGUGCUGCACUUUGGGGUUGUUUGCAAUGCAAUGGGGUCGGUGCUGCACUUUGGGGCUGUUUGCAAUGCAAUGGGGUCGGUUGCUGCCCGCUGUGUCGGUGCUGCACUUUGGGGCCCGGCUGCAGCUCCGCGCUGCCCGCAGCUUCGACCUGGCGGCGCUGCCGGUGGAUUUCGUGGAGUGCCUGAUGCGCUUCGUGCCCACGGAGGCGGAGGUGAAGGCGCUGCGGCAGUUUGAGCGCGAGCGGCGCGCGCCGGAUGAGCUGUCGGCCGAGGAUCGCUUCAUGCUGCACUUCAGCAAGGUGGAGCGGCUGCCGCAGCGCAUGGCUGUCAUGGCCUUCCUGGGGAACUUCGCCGACAGCCUGCAGAUGCUGACGCCGGUGCGCGGGGGGCUGGGCUGCAAAGGGGCCUCGAGCCCAGGGCUGCCUGCAGCUCAGUGCUGCGCUGUGCUCUGCGCUGCUGUGCGUCCUCAUCGCUGCUGGGCAUCUUCAUCAUCAUUGCUGUGCAUCUCCAUCAUUGCUUUGCAUCACCAUCACUGCUGUGCAUCUCCUUCAUUGCUGUGCAUCUCCAUCACUGCUGUGCAUCUCCAUCACUGCUGUGCAUCUCCAUCAUUGCUGUGCAUCUCCAUCAUCAUUGUUUUGCAUCUCCUUCCUCGUUGCUUUGCAUCUCCAUUUGCAUCUCCAUCAUUGCUGUGCAUCCUCACCAUUGCUUUGCAUCCUCCUCAUGCCUUGCUUUGCAUCUUCAUCAUGCCUUGCUUUGCAUCCUCCUCCUCAUUGCUUUGCACGCCUUGCUUUGCAUCUUCCUCAUGCAUUACUUCAUGUGCAUGCCUUGUUUUGCAUUGACGCCUUGCUUUGCAUCGUGCACGGCUUCGUGCUGCCCUCAUGCAUUGCUUUGUGUUCAUGCCUUGCUUUGCAUCGUCUUCACGUCUUGCUUUGCAUGCAUGCCUUGAUCUGCAUCAUCCUCACGCCUUUACCUGCAUUUUGAGCACACUCUGCUUUGCUACUCUGCAUGCAUUGAUUUGCAUGUGCCUCAUGCAUGCCUUGUUGCACGCCUUGCUUUGCACACUUCUGCAGCACACCUUGCACCAAUGCUCACCUUAUCCUGCAUGCUUUGUUUGCAGGCUCCUUGUGCAUCACCUGCUCUCCAUCCUGACCCAUUGCUCUGCAUUCUGACCCACUGCUCUCCAUCCUGACCCACUGCUCUGCAUUCUGACCCACUGCUCUGCAU